AGCUAUAGCAAAAUACCCUUCUCUUAAUAACUAGUUUAUCAACCUCUUCACAUAACCACAUUCCAUAGUUGUUUUGUCAAUUGUCAUGGUACAAAUGGAACUAUCUUCUUCUCUUCGUAACUACACACACAGUUAUGAUGUCUUUCUUAGUUUUCGUGGUGUAGAUACAAGAACUGGUUUUACUGGUCAUCUCUAUAGUGCUUUGUGUCAAAGGGGAAUCCUGACCUUCAUGGAUGAUGAUGCUUUGAGCAAAGGGGAAGAGAUUACGCCUUCCCUUCUCAAUGCAAUAAGAAAAUGUAGGAUAGCCAUAGUUAUUUUCUCUAAAAACUAUGCAUCCUCUACAUUUUGCUUAAAUGAACUGGUCCAAAUCCUUGCCUGUCAUACUUCCAAAGAAAAUACAUGGAUUUGGCCAGUUUUUUAUGAUGUAGAUCCAUCAGAAGUGCGUCAUCAAACAGGGAGUUAUGCAGAAGCAUUUGAAAAAUAUGAACAAGAAAGAUUCAAGAAUGACCAAGAGAAGGUUCAAAAGUGGAGGUUGGCUUUGCAUCAAGCAGCUGAUUUUUCUGGCUGGCAUUUCAAACAUGGGGGAGAAUAUGAGCAUGUGAUCAUUAAAAGAAUCCUGGAAAAGAUCUCCUGUAAGAUUAAUCGACCUCUCUUGCAAAUAGCUGAUUAUCCCGUUGGAUUGGAAGCAAGGAUGAGAUAUGUAUUAUCACUAAUGAAUGCUGAAUUUGAUACCAAAGUCAAGAUGCUUGGGAUUCAUGGUAUUGGAGGAAUAGGAAAAUCAACUCUUGCACGCGCAAUAUAUAACUUGAUAGCUCAUCAAUUUGAACAUUCAUGUUUUCUUGCUAAUGUUAGAGAAAAGUCAUUAACUAGGCAUGGCCUUGUGCAGAUCCAAGAAACAAUGCUUUCAGAAUUAGCAGGGGAGAGAAAUAUCAAGUUGGGGGAUGUGAAUCAAGGAAUUCCAAUAUUAAAAGAAAGACUCCAUCAAAAGAGUGUCCUUCUUAUUCUUGAUGACAUUGACAAAAGGGAACAAUUACAAGCAACUGCAGGUGGACUUGAUUGGUUUGGUAUAGGCAGCAUGGUCAUCAUCACAACAAGAGAUAAACAUUUGUUAGAUAUUCAUGGUGUUGAAAAACAGUAUGAGGUUGAUAUUUUCAAUGUUACGGAAGCUAUGAAAUUGUUUCGGUGGAAUGCGUUAAGAAACAAAGUAGUUGAUCCAAGUUGCACAGAAAUCAUAAAGCGUGCAAUAUACUAUACUGGUGGUCUUCCAUUGGCUUUGGAAACAAUAGGCUCAAACUUGUUAGGUAAAACAUUAGAUGAAUGGAAAUCUGCAUUGGAUGCAUAUGAAAAAUUUCCAAGUAGAGGUAUUCAAGAAAUUCUUCAAGUAAGCUAUGAUGGCUUGGAGGAAAAUGAGAAGGAUAUUUUUCUAGACAUAGCUUGCUUCUUCAAAGGAUGCACUGUGAAAAAAGUUACAGAUAUGCUAAAUGCUUGUGGCUUUCAUGCAGAAUAUGGAAUUAGUGUUCUGCGAAAUAAAUCACUCGUUAACAUUUUGAUGUCUGGUGAACAUGAUGGUGAAAUUGUGACAAUGCAUGACUUGAUUCAAUGUAUGGGAAAAGAAAUAGUUAGACAGCAAUCAACCUUACCUGAAAAACGCAGGAGGUUGUGGUUUUAUCAAGACAUCUCUUGUGUUUUGGAGAAAAACAUGGAAAAUGAUGAAAUUCUAGCAAUGUUGUUGGAUAUGCCAAAGGAUGAAGAAGUUCAAUGGAAUGGAGAGGUGUUCGGAAAAUUGAAAAAUCUAAGGAUGCUUAUAAAGAAGAACGGUCCCUUUCAAAGUAGCCCCAAACAUUUUCCAAACAGUUUGAGAGUGUUGGAAUGGAUGGGAUAUCCUGUUACUUCUUUACCAUCUAAUGUUGCUUCAAAGAAUCUUGUUAUUCUCAAUUUAUCUUACAGUUUCUUUCGGUGGGACAAGCCACUUCAGAAAUCAAAGGUUUUGAGUCAGCUGAUCUUCACAGGUUGUAAGAACAUAAGGGAAAUACCUGAUGUGUCUGGUUCCCCAAAUUUGACAGAAUUGUGUGUUGAUGAUUGCAUGAAUUUGAUUCAGAUUGAUGAUUCUGUGGGAUUUCUUGAUAAGUUGCUGAGGUUUAGUGCUAAAGGAUGUACCAAGCUGAGGAUUGUUCCACAUGGCAUAAAGUUGACGUCUCUGGAAUAUCUUUGCCUUCGAGACUGCAGAAGUCUUGCUGUUUUUCCAGAAAUAUUGGCCCCAAUGGAGAAACUAAAAUUUGUUGACUUGGAGGGAACUGCAAUAGAAAAUCUGCCUCUUUCAUUCAACAAUCUUAAAGGCCUUCAAAGCAUACAUCUUAAUAGAUGCAAAAGGCUUGAAAAUAAUGCACUAUCAAACAUCAUUCAAAUGUUGCCAAACUUCUUUCCCUUUUUGAAGACAUUGAGAUUACGAAACUCAAAUUUGUCAAUCCUUCCUGAGUGCAUUCAAGAAUGUCACUUCUUAGAACUACUAGACUUAUGUUAUUGCAAGCAACUUCGAGAAAUUAGAGGGCUUCCACCAAACAUAGAUGAUUUCUUGGCGUAUAACUGCAAGUCGCUGGAAGCACAUUCCUCAACUUUAAACAGUUUACUGAGCCGGGCAAUUGAUUCUAGUACAAGAAAAUUCUAUGUUUUGCCGGGAGAAAGGGUCCCGGAAUGGUUUGACCACUCUACCAAGGGAAACUCUCUAUGUUUCUGGUUUCGGAGGGAUUUCCCCUCUAUCACCGUGUGUGCCAUUUUAGGAGUUUUGGAUAACAUAGAAGGACCUUUCUUUGUGAAGUUUAAUUUUUUUGUUACAAUCAAUGAUAUUGAAAUACCUUUCCUCUUUGAUUUCAACUACAUUUUAGAUACUGACCAUAUGUUUAUGUUCAAUAAUUUUACGUAUCCAAUGAAAUUGGAUUGUGGAGGACUAGUUUCAGAGAAUGAGUGGAGUUAUGGGGAGGUUUUAUUUGUGAUACCACCCAAUUCAGGUAGUUCAGGAUCAAUCAAAUCGAGUGGAGUUUAUGUAAACCGAACAUGUACAACAACAAUGGAGAAUGUUAGAUUCUCAAAUCCUUAUCCUCCCAAUACUACAUUUCCUACCGACCAUGGUACAAGAAAUCAGCUUGAUAUACAACAAGAUUCAUUUGACCCUGUCGUCUCUAUGCACACCAGAAUGUUAGACAAAUUGGCUUACCUUAGCACCCGACAAUGGCGUCGCCCUUUCAUGUAUCCAGAGUGGAAAGAACCUUUGGAUAAUGUUUUGAGCCCCAACUUGAGCGAAAGUGACUUGUCUGAUGUCAUAGGUCAAGUAGAGGAAAUCUCAAGUGACCUGUCUGAUGUCAUAGGUCAAAUAGAGGAAAUCUCAAGUGAAAUGGAGGAAGUUCCCCUCCAUAAUCCUUAUCCUUCCGAAACUGUACAUGACUCCCACUGCAGCACUUGCCAUGAAAAUGAAGUGUUCAGAAAACUAGUCGACUGUAGAAUUAAAAGCUCAAGGAGCAAUCUACACUUGGGAACUAGUUCCACUGUGUUUCCAACAAAAAAUGAGCCCUCCGUAAGGAAUCAAAUUGAACAAACUCAAGAGGAUCAUGAAGAAAUGGACACAUUUUAUGCUUCUCUAGGUGCUAAGAGUCAUGUUUCACAUUCCCGUCAUAAAACAGCAACCAAUGUUCUGAGCAAAAUGACCAGGGAAGCUUUGAAAAUAGUAGAAGACUUCAUCUCAGAUGAUGCUUUGGUUUUGUUGCAUCCUGAACGAUUCAGUAUUGUGAAAAACAGCUUAGCAUACCUCUCCACUUUGUCUGCAGAUGAUGGAAUGUCAAUAGCAAUGGAAGCACUGAUAUCAGAAGCUUUAGGGAAGUUCACUCAUUGGAGGAGAGAUUACACUGAAGCAAGUAUGAAAAUAGAGACCACAGCAUCCGAACUGCAGAGAGCUGAUGAAUUAGAAGCAGGUUUGGAAAGUAACAAGAACCAGUAUGUGGAAGUCAUGGCCUUAGAAAAUGAGCUGCACCAAAAGUUAUCCUGGAUGGAGAAAAGAAAAGAAAGUCUAGAAGAGGAAAUCAAGGCCAUUGAAGCUAACAUCGCUGCUUCUGAAAUAGAAAAGGGCAUGAUCCAUCAGAGAAAGAGAAAUAUCUUUGAGGAGGGCAAGACACUUAAAACCCAGAGGGAUGAGUUGAUGGAAAAAUCGCCUUAUUUGCAACAAGAGCAUAGUUUGGCAAUGGAAAAACAAACAAGAAUCAAAGUUGAAUGGUCAGAAUUUAGAAAAAAAUUUAGAAAGGUGACUGCAAAGUGUUAUGCACCUUGUGUGAGAAGGCUUUUGUCUUUGUCAUGGUUCUUGUUGUUGCUGUAG